CCAGUCUCCUGGAUCCUGGGUGUGUGCAGUCAGUUCAACCUAGAGACUGAGAGAGAAAACACCAGGAACAUCUCAACGUGAGUCCAGCUGUGCCUGUCACCUGUCACCUCGUUUCAAAACUUCUUCUCUUUCUCCACCGGACGGACCGAGAAUGGGAAACUAUCCGAGCUAGUUUCUGAAGAGGUCAUACAUUCAGGGGGGAAACUGUGCUAAAAUUGCCAGGUUGAGCCUUCAGUCACACCGUUUACCUCCAGAGACGGAACAGGAGCACAGUGGAGAUGCAGACCUUCCUCAAAGGCCGGAGAGUCGGUUACUGGCUCAGCGAGAAGAAGAUGAAGAAGCUGAAUUUUCAGGCCUUUGCUGAUCUGUGCAGGAAAAGAGGAAUAGAAGUUGUUCAGCUGGACCUCAGCCAGCCUCUGGAGGAGCAGGGUCCACUGGACGUCAUCAUCCACAAACUGACUGACCUCAUCCUGGAGGCUGACCAGAAUGAUUCACAGGCUGUGCUGCUGGUGCAGAGAGUACAGGACUACAUUGAUGCCCACCCUGAGACUAUUGUCCUGGACCCUCUUCCAGCCAUCCGGACUCUGCUGGACCGCUGCAAGUCCUACCAGCUCAUCCACAGGAUAGAGAGCUGUAUGCAAGAUGAGAGGAUUUGCUCUCCUCCAUUCAUGGUCCUAAACACAGACUGCAGCCCAGAUGUGCUGGAGCAGAUCAAGAGGCAAGGACUCACAUUCCCCUUCAUUUGCAAAACACGGGUGGCUCAUGGAACCAACUCCCACGAGAUGGCCAUUAUCUUCAGUGAAGAGGACCUGAAUGACGUGAAGCCUCCUUGUGUGAUUCAGAGCUUCAUCAGCCAUAAUGCAGUGCUCUACAAGGUGUUUGUGGUGGGAGACUCCUACACUGUGGUGGAAAGACCUUCUCUGAAGAACUUCCCUGCUGGACAAGCAGACAGGAAAGCGAUUUUUUUCAACAGCCACAAUGUUUCCAAACCAGAGUCGUCCUCAGACCUGACCACGAGAGAGAACGUAGAGGGAGUGUCUCAGCCACCUAGCGAUGAUGUCAUCAGAGAGUUGUCCAGGUCAUUGCGGCAGGCGCUGGGCGUGUCCCUGUUUGGCAUCGACGUCAUCAUCAACAACCAAACGGGCCAGCAUGCCGUCAUUGACAUCAAUGCAUUCCCUGGUUAUGAGGGCGUCCCUGAGUUUUUCAAUGACCUCCUGAACCACAUCACCAGCGUGCUCCAGAGCCACAACCCUGACUUCGCCCCCUCCAGCGAGCAGCCCAAAGGCCUGCCGGUGAGCUCCACGGUACCGAACGCCACCCCGCCGGCCCCCGGCUGCUGCGGCAUGCUGGGGAAAGAGGCGAGCGGCAGCCCCUGGAUCGUAGAGGGCGACGGAGGGCUGAAGGGCCCACGUCAGAGACUGGGCUGCAACUCGGCCAUGUCCCCUAACUUCCAGCAGCACUGUGUCUCCACAAUAGCCACCAAGGCUUCCUCCCAGUGACUAAUCCCCUGCCCCCACUCCGUUUGACCCCUGAACAAAAAACGGAUGACAAUGGUGACAAUAAUAAUGAAUAAUAAUCAUAAUAAUUAUGAUGUUAAUGAUGAUAAUAUAUCUAAUCAAAAAACAAGCCUUUUCCUAUAUAGUUAUUGAAAACGAUGAUGAUUGGGUGUAAGCUUUUUUCUCUUUGCCUUUUUGUAUUUUUCGUUUUGUCUAAUGAGACUUAACAGUACUGUAAUGUGAACUUUUGGGAACUUUUGCCUAAUAGCUGAUUUUAUUUUUCUCUUGUGUGAGUUCUCUCUAAUGAAAGUGUAAUGGGAAUGGCCGAGUCAGGACUGGAGGAAGAUGUGCCGCUAGAUGUGCAAUGUAUGAUUUGUUGUUUCUAACUCACACACACACACACACACACACACACACACAAACACACAAACACAGGUACGGUUACAUUGUGCCAGUGACGUGUGUUUGUAUUCUGGUCAAUACCACUGACUCCUCUGCACAGAAUGAUGGGGAGGAAAGGUGGCUGGACAUUUGAACACUACUCCACAGAUCCCGGGCUGCUAUGUGACUGUGGCCAACCGACGGCAGAGGACAUAACCAGUCUGAACAUGAAUGACAAAGAUCGUUGUAGGUUUCGUUAGUUUGAACAAAGAUGUAAGCUGUUUACUUUUCCGAGUGCCAUCAAAUUUACUUCAAGAGUAGGAAGGACGCCGGCAGAAAAUACAUCAUCUUCAAAGAGAAGAAAGUAGAUCUCCAUAACAUGUGACCAAGUUUUGUUUUUUGAAAUGAUUGCUGUUGCACCAAUGUUUCUCGGUGUUUGAGUGUUUUAAUGUGUGUCAGACGCCGGAUGUUAGGCGUUCAACAAACGAGCCGCGUCCUUGUUUGAGUCCGAGUUUGAGUCGCUCCAGUGCAGGAAGACGAGGAUCACAUUCCUUUUUGUGUUUGUGGAUGUUUCCAGAGAAUUCCAUGAUAUUUCUUUUUUUUCCAGAAUUCCAGGGGGGAGGGGUCGUGUGAGAUUUUCUCAUCACUUUAUGUAAUCUCCUUAAACAGACUCUCCACAUGUCUUCAGUGCUUGUAUCUGUAACAUGAGCAAACUACUCUCCUGAGGCCGACUCGACCGAUCAACAGACUCUGGGCUGCUGUGUAGCUUGUCACUUUUCAGCGAGUUGUUAAUCAGAAAAUCAAUAAUCCCACUGAAAUGAUGGUAAAAUGUGUGUUUGAAUACCCAUGAUUGGGUAUUAAUUAAUUUGGUACCAUUAAAUGACAACAGAUCUCGAUAACUGAGAAAUUUGUUAAACUUCGACAACUCUCAUCUGAUUUUAUUUUUCUCGAACAGCCAACUUCGGUGGAAAAACCCGUCAGUCCAGUCGAUUCAUUCGCUUCAAGCUUAAAUUCUCUGUCGUCUGUUCCAGCUGCUGUAUUUGUGUCACAUGUUGAAAUCAUUUGGAGGGGAAGUGGGGGAGACGGUCCAGCUCUUGUUCCCAGUGUUCACUGUGAGAUUUUUUUACUCCAAUUUUGUUAAUAUCUUUGUCCUGAUAUCUACUAAGAGCAACUUUAUUUUAUUGAGAUUUUAUGGGGGAAAAAUGUUUUAUAUAAAUGAAACGAGAGCUUGGGAUGUUUUUGAACAAACAGUGGGUAUUUACUAGAGGUAUAGUAAAAUGCUGGGUCUGGUUGUACAGGUGGUGUCAAAGGGACAAAUGAGCUUGUGGUUGAUGCUGUGGUCUCCCUCUAGCAUCUAGUGGGAAGAAGUGCCAACCUGCAGCACAUCCCAAUUACUGCAUUCCUCUGAGCCUGCUUCUCUUGUCCCAGAGAGCUCCUCCUAGCUGUUUUAUUUCCUCCAUCAGUAUCCGAGGGAACUGACUGUCCUCUCGUUCGCCCUGUGAUCGUAAAUAAUAGUGUCAGCGCAGCCAUCUCACCAGCAUCUCUCUGGGACAAAAGAAUACCAAUUACAUUCUGAACAUUUCACUAGACGCAUCAAAUUGGGAGGAUAUUUCCACAACACAGUUAGCAUCCUGUUUUAAUCUCCUAAAUUUUAAGUGUCGUGAAGCAACAAUAAACUCAAAGGUAUCGCAGCAGGUUUAGGGGAAUCUUUCACAUUCUUUUUUCCCCUUGAUUCCUCAUCCAGAAAUGAGGGCAAAGUUGAGGGCGUGUCCGUUUAGACUCGUAUCUGUGUACACCACUAUAUUGUGUGUCCUAUGUUUUGCUCCUUAUCGUGCUUCUAAAUGGAAAAUAAAUGGUUACUCCUAAACUUGGUCAUUUCUGCAACCCAGACAGUGUCAUCAUGCUCCCAGCUUCCACCUGAAUGUUUACCUCCUGUGUGUCUUGUACAGUACGUGUAUAUAUGCCUAGGCUUACAUCCGUACAGUAUGUUGUUUUGUAUCAGUUCUGUAAUUGGGAGGAAUCCACAAUUUUGUGACCUUUUUUUAAUUAAAUGGCCAAAACAAGAGGGUGAAAUAAACGUGCGAAAACUUA